AAAACAAUCCUAAAGGUUCUACGCUACAUCUUGCAAAGUCUGACUAGCGGCGGCCACCGCAGAAGCAAAGGAUGCUCCAAGUAGAUUCUGGAAGAGGAAGAAAAAAUAAAAACUAAAUUAAUAAAGGUCGUCACCCCCUUCAGGAAAGCAAGCUGCAGCUGCAUCUGUUUGGCUAUGCAAACGAGGUAGCUUGGAAAGAAUAAACACAGGCUAGAAAGAAUAAACCGUUAGGCAAGUCUCGAUAGGAAACGUGUCUGGGGCAUGCUUUGGUGUCCAGGAUAUAUUGCAUUGUCAGUUCCACCUUCUCCUCUGUUUUGCAUUGCACAUUUAUUAUUUGUGUUUUUUUCAUUAAGUUUGUUGCACUUAUUUAUACAGAAGUGGAAUGUGCUGUUAUAAGAAAAUGAAGAGAAUUCUACAGUCUGGACAUUCAUUCAGCAUGGGAAAGUUUGAGUUUCUUUAAAAGACAACAGCUUCUUAAAAAGACGCGAAAGAAUUUGGACAUCCUUGUACUGUAAUUGGGAAAACUGAAGGCGCUAUAUUGAAAUUACCAUUGGUGAAUGGUGGCUGUUGCCUUGCAAACUAUUCACUAAUGAUUUGCAUUUGUAAGUGUUAUUCGCCACCGUUUGCAAGGACUGAUAAAAAUGUGUAACGGUAUUGGAACGAAUUAUUCAAAGGAAGGAUAAAACCGUGUUUGGGCCGUUUCCGUGGUUGCAAAUCUGGAAUAUAUAUAGGGCUGCCAGAAAGCUAUAUGAAGCUUACUCAGUUCUAAAAUAAGCACAACCGCGUAAAAGGAUAUGAAUAUCAAUGUUUCAUUUUUAUUACCCAUGGAGGACAAAGGAAUAUGAUCUUUUUGACUAAUUUAAUACAACGUAUGCAUUGAUCAGUGUCAUUGUACUCGUGUAAUGCAUGUGAGAAUGUGAUCCAGUUCCUUGUUUUGUCUGUAUUACAAUUUCAUCAGUGGAAUUUUUAAAAACUGGAUUUGGUGGUCAUUGUACUCAAUUUGGAUGCAAAAAGAAAAACAUUACUGCUAACCUUAAUUAAUAUGAUGUAAGAAAACAAAGACAAUAUGUACAGAAAGGAGGAACAAUAAGACAGAAAGACGGUAUUAAAGCCACGUACAUUUUUAUGUUAAACACAUUUGGUGGAUGUGUGGGUCAUUUAAUUCGUAUUGUACACAUUCUUUACGCGUUUGAGUGGGAACUGGAAAGAUAAACGUCGAAAAGCCAUCAACCUGGGAGGAAUUUUAUUGCUGUUGGAUGAAAAUGUCAUGAAUUGUAUGAAAUGGAAGGAAUGAUACAUUUGGUCAUUGGCUCUGAGGUCGUCUGCUCCAGGACCUCUUGGUUUACCCGAGCCUACAGCGCCUUCUUACUGGGGUCGGUGGUGCUGGUUUCCGUGGCAACAAGCUCACCUGUAUCCGAUGAACAUCUUAUUGGAUAUAAUUAUUCAUCAUACUUAUCAGUUAGGAUUGAAGAGGAAACAUCUGUACCAACAGAUACGCUGCACAAUGCCUUAACAGCACACCCAACUGGAGCUCAAGUAAAAACAACAUUACCACAGCUAGACGGUACUUUGGGAGUCCCAUCUAAAUUUGCAGAGGAAAACGUCAGUAAUACACAAAGGACAGGCACCACUGGAUUGAGUCUGUCACCUUCAGUGAAUUCUAGGCCAUUAACUUCCACAGCAUCCUCUGCUUCUUUGCCUUCUGUUGGUCCUACCAGUCAAAAGAGCAUGUCUACGUUCACCAAAGGACUUACCGAAUCCCCAGUUCAGUCUGUGGGAUCACUUAAAAGUCCAGUGACAGCUUCAAGUGAACAACUUCAUAUUGCUUCUUCUAGUAUUCCCAGUCAUCGGUUUUUAGAAAUGGUUGGAGAUCCCCCUUUGUUAAGAACAAGUCUUCCGUUAGAAACUUUCUCAGAUUAUUACACUGUAGAAGCUCCAAGCACAACACCAGGCUUAAGUGAUAGAAUAGUAGGUACUAAUAUACCUAAUGAAGGACCAAGUAGCUUAAAACCCCUGAUGCUGUUUGCAAGUUCUGUGCCUUUCCUCAGACCGUACACUAUUUUGGUAACUGAAUUGCUGACUCUAGUUCCAACAAAAGAAUUAUAUCCUGCUGAGUCGAUAGAGACUGAUUUUGGAUCCGGGGAUUAUCUAGAGACAAUGACAUUAAUACGCUCAGAGGUGGAUGAACUCUCACCUUUUACCAGUUUACCUGUUGACAUGUAUGGUGUAGAGGAAUCCAGCACAGAGGUCUAUGACACAUCAUUCCCUUUAAGGCCUGUUCUGUCACUGUCUUCGCUGUAUAUUGCAACUGUGGAGUCAGCUUUGGAUUUUUCAAGCAGUUAUGAUGCAGGCCUUAGAACCAUUGAUCCUACAUCUGUUUAUUCCUCCCACAGGCACACUUCACUGGACUUAGUAGGCCUUCCAGAAUAUGACAUCUCUGAUAACGAUCAUUCAGACUGGAAUGACGAACCUUUCCCCAUAGAACCGACUGAACUUCUACUACCUGACAUGAAUAGUUUGGAGUAUUAUUCUACUUUACUAGCCAUAGAAAACGCAAGUUUAUCAAAACAAAAAAACAAUCGUAAUUCCACAGAGCACACAGGCCACGUAUCAUCAGCAUCAGUAAAGGUACCUGGUGUCGUACCGACAGGAUUAUUAGUAACAGACACUAGUCACCUGUUUACGUCACUUACCGUUAAAUCAAGUGAUAUGUCAUCUUUGCCUUCCCUUGAAUCAAGCACAUUGUUUUCAAUAGCAGUUUCAUCUUUUGAACCAAGUAGCAGCACUUCAUUUAUAAACUCAUUAGACCCAUUCAGUCCUCUAGUGUCAGAGACUUCAAGCCUUAACAUAUCAGACUUUGUUAAUAUGGAGACUUCAGGCUAUGAUUCAUUCACGAUUUCUCCACCACAGACUUCUAUCUUUGACACAACACCCACAUCCUCUUUGGUGGAGCCUUUGGUGGUGCAGACCCAUGCAGGCGACUUAUCAGCUUCUCUUUGGGACAGCUGGGUGGAAUCUACUGCAGCACUGGAUCAUUUUGUAUCAUCCAACAAAACAGCUGUUCCUCCUGCAGCACUGCCAACUUCAGAAGUGGAGACCACACCCAGUACAAGCAGUGCUUUCAAAGAAGAGUCCAUUUUGACUUCAUCGUUUUUCUCUGUUCAGCCCACCACACGGCUGCCAGAUAUCUUUUCUAGUUCCAUUUUGAAUGAUGUCACCCCCUUCCUCACUGCCCAGUGGUUUGCUCCAUCCUCAGUUGGAAUCCCUGUGAGCAGCCUUUCUGAGAUAUCCGUGUCGGCCAUGUCUGUGUACAUUUCUCCUUCUCCCACUGAGCUUACCUCUGUUAUACCUACCCCGUCUCCCCCGCCUGUGACACCCAUGACAAAUCACAGCACUAACAUUGAAACUAAUCCAACAGAAAACACUGUGACUUCAGUAACUGAUUCUACUACAGUAACCACCAGAAACACAGACUCUGCUGCAGCUACAGCAGCCAUUCCCACCACAACCACAGUUACUAUUUCAAACUCUACACCCAUCACUGAAACAACAACAACAACAACAACAACAACAACCACCACCACCACAACAACCCUGCCUUACCUUUGUGACAUCACCAUGUCAGACUUGUAUAUAGUCAGAUUAGGUCUUGCCAAGGGAGCACAGCUGGAGAACGCAAAAGCAUAUAUGAAAGAGGCUCUGAGUGUUCAGUUCAACCGCUCAGUUAAUCUGAAGGUGCUGAAUCCUCCCCCAGAUCUCACCAUUCUGGUUACUUCAGGUCCUAUUGUCUACACAGCAAUAGCUGUCAUCAAUGCCUUGCAUCCGUCUAUAAGGGAUACCUCUCCCAUUGCCUCUCUUAAUGCAUUAUCUGCAGUGCCGGACCACCAGUUCCAGGUUCACACAGUACUUCAAUUUGUCCCUAACCACGUUGAUGUGAGGUUUUGUAACUUCAGCGAACGCAUUGAGCAAGGAUUGACAAUGGCAUUCUCAGAAGUACGAAGAAGAUACCGGGAAACGACCAGGUUCACUGUGCACGUCUUAAACAUAACCACAGAUGUGUCUGAUGCGGGGAGACUGCUGAGGAGUCCUGUGGAUAUUACCUUUGCCAUUCAAGAUUCAUUUGGUUUCCUGAAUGGCUCAGACGUGAGCAACCUCAUGAGGAUUUUAAACACCGUGGAGUUCAGCUUCUAUCUGGGCUUUCCAGUGCUACAGAUAGCAGAACCUUUUCACUAUCCAGAGCUCAAUGUGACUCACCUACUGAGGUCAUCGUGGGUGAAAACAGUUGUUCUAGGUGUCUAUGAGCAGGGAGCAAAUGACAAGAAGUUUCAGGCUGAGAUGGAGCGCAAGUUAGCCCAGCUGCUGGCAGAGGUCCUGGGUCCAAGCAGGCGAUGGAGGAGAGCCACCAACGUGGGAAACAACAGUGUGCAGAUUGUAAAAAUGUCAAGGAUUGAAGGCAUUGACAACCCCCUGGAGUUGAUCUACUUUGUGGAGGGUCAGAAUGGAGAGAGGCUAAAUGCUGUCAGUGCUUCCAGCCUUAUAAACCGGAUUGACCUCCAGAGAGCUGCCAUCGUCCUGGGCUAUCGAGUACAAGGCACACUGGCCCAGCCAGCUGUGGAGAAGAUUAGUGCUCCUCCAUCUGAGACCCAGAACAACAACCUGUGGAUCAUCGUGGGGGUGGUGGUGCCGGUGAUAGUGGUCGCCAUUAUAAUCAUCAUUCUGUACUGGAAGCUCUGCAGGACCGACAAGCUGGAGUUUCAGCCAGACACCAUGAGCAACGUCCAGCAGAGACAGAAGCUGCAAGCCCCCAGUGUGAAAGGGUUUGAUUUCGCUAAGCUGCACCUCGGGCAGCAUAAUAAAGAUGACAUCCUGGUCAUCCAGGAGCCAGCUCCACCCCCGAUGCCUGUAAAGGAAAUGACUCCGUCAGAGAAGGGCGACGUCCCCAGCCCCAGAUCCAAGACCUCUUCAAAACCCUGCAGAGGAGACCGGCGACGAGGCAGAAUUUCCCCGUCUGAUGCUGAGUCUACAGUAAGUGAGCCGUCCAGCGGGAGAGAAUCAGCUGAAGAGUCCAUGAGGGCCUCUGUGACCAAGAGUGAGACCAAACAACAGCGCAAAGUAGCCAAGAAUGGACCACCACAAAGCAAUGGCACAGAAGAACAGCUGUCGUCUGCUUCUAUUUUCGAUCAUGUGGACAGGAUUUCACGGUCUUCAGAAGCCAGCAAACGCCUUCCCAACAAGAUCCAGCUGAUCGCCAUGCAGCCCAUGCCAGCACCUCCAAUACACAACCCAGUCGUCACGGAAACCUCCAAAAUAAAUAAAGAGAUUCAGACAGCACUUAGGCAUAAGUCAGAGAUUGAACACCAUCGCAAUAAGAUCCGACUGAGAGCCAAGAGAAAAGGGCACUAUGACUUUCCAGUCAUGGAUGACAUCGGAGUCACCGACACAAAGGAGAGCAAGCGGAUCUACGAAAAAGCACAGCUGCAGAUUGACAAGAUCCUGAACCCAGACAUCCACGUCCCCUCUCUGUUUCUAGAAUCCAGGAAGAGUUCAAGAGGAAAACGUUCUCCAAAACAGAGAAGGAAGAACCAAGUAAACGGCAACCUGCUUGAGGCAGACAAGGACAGACUGCUAACCACAGACAGUGACGGGACCUACAGGAGGCCCCCAGGAGUCAACAACGUGGCUUAUGUUUCAGACCCUGACCAGCCUCUGGAGCAGCACAGCCCCUCCCCUCAGGAGAAUGAGGUAUUCUCUAACUCCCCCACACACAGCCCCAUCCCUCCUCCCCCCUCGUACCUGCCCCCACAGCCCUCCAUUGAGGAGGCCCGGCAGCAAAUGCAUUCCCUCCUGGACGACGCCUUUGCCCUGGUGGCACCAAACAGCCACGGAAGCAAUGCUGGGAUCACACUGCCCGGGGUCACAGUCGCCCAGCACGACACCAGCCCGCCAGCGAGAACCAGCAGGGGCACCGGCACUGGACAGUGGGACUCACCUAACACACCUUGUCAGGGGCCCAGCCCUUUCUCAGCACGUUAUGCAGAGCUGGGAAUGUCUCCUCCAUCAGGACUAUUACAAAGGCAAGGCCUUGGUCCAGGGUAUCUACAGUCAAGCGAUCCAGGCCAGCAGGAGAGCUUGUAUUCCAGCAGAGGGCUCUACGGUGAAGACAUUCCUUCGUCCGCACGGCCUCGACCAGUAGGGGGCACUACAGGUGCACAGCUCCACCACCUGACACAGGUGGGACUGUCCAGUCGGAUGAGCUCCCACCCAGGACAGGUUCUGCCAGGGAGGGCAGCUUCAAACCAGCCAGGGGCCUCUGGGUGGGCUCCCUAUCGGACAGACGAAGAAUUCACAAGAAUGGGUCACCACAGGGACCCUGCACAGAUGCUUGGGUUCCCUGACUACUCCUCGUCCUCAAUGUUCCAGAUGCCCAGGACUGCGCUAAGGGAGCCCCUGGCUCCAGCGGCCCCCCUCCAGCACAGUGUUCUAGAACCUGUGGGGGCCGACGAACCCCCACCAGGCCACUCCUCAGCCUCCCUCAUCAAAGCAAUCCGAGAGGAGCUCAUGCGGCUUUCACAGAAACAGUCUGCGGUGCAGAGCUUCCACAGCUGAGCUGCCUCCUGUACACAACCACUCCCUCCUCCCCAACAAGGAAAUGCUUCCCAUGGAAGUUCCCAGUCGCAGAACCGGACCAUAUGUGAAGGUAUCUUUAUAGCAGUACUGGAACCAAAGUACAGUGCAAAACCACGCAAUACCCAGAUUACAGGUACAUGAUGCCCACCCACCCCGUUUGCUAAAUAUGGAUUGUUUUGUCGUAAUUCUGCAGUAGCUGCUCACCCAACAAGUUCAUGAGUUCUGCUCCCAGUUUCUGUAGCUGACUACCACAGUGCUAGCUCACAGUCUUUUGAGUCUCAUUUCAUAGUGUGGUGGAACUCAUCAUUGGCAACAGCGGCAUAACUUUUCUUGAAGGCAUCCCCAGAGUGCAAUGAUGGGGCUAGCUCUCUAACUACAGCUCAUUGCUUUUCAGGCCUAGGCAGAUGACCUCCAUAAUGGACAAUGUAGCAAGACCACUGUGUAAUGUGUCAACGUGGUGAUUGGAAUUGUUCGUAUUUUUGCAGCUACAAAUUGUUUGACGAAGAAAAAAAAGGUUCAAUAAUGCAUAUAUACAUAUAUGUAUUUUUUUCAAAUUUUUCUCCCUGCUAUACAAUAACUUCACUGCUUCAUAAUGAAUUAAAAAGACAAGACGGUUUGUUGUUCAAUCCCAAUUUUAUUGUAUUCAGUACAGGUCCUACAUAGCUACAUUUGAAAGCUACCUGAUUUUCCCUGGUGCUAAAAAUCAAGCUGUCUCAACACAAAGAACACAUUGCCUUUAUUCUUAAUGUCUGGGUAGCAUGGUAAUGAAACAUCAACACUCACAAUUAACCUGAGUGUGAUUUCAGACACGAAAAGGUUACAAGGCCUCAGUGUCUUUAACUCACUGUAAAUUCUUCUCGAGUAGAUCAGUGUCUAAUUAUACACAUCAGACUUAACCUAAACAGGCCUUCAGCUUACAUACAAUAUAGCACAAUAUGACAUGUUCAUUAUUCAGGUAAAAACAAGAGACUUGACGGCGCUUUGAGUUAUGGUUAUGAUGAUGCUGAUCAGUUACCAUAUAAGAGAAAGCAUAUGCCAACUUUGAAGGUAAACUUUUGUACAGAAACCCUGUUUUAAUGUCUUGAGCAAUAGUUUCCAACAGUCAACAUGUACAAAAAUUAUUUUUACACUGUAGGUCGCGUGAUAGUUUUCUCAGCUGUAUUUCACAUGCAUAUCUUAAUCAUUUCUGUUGCAUAUAGUCCGUUUCUGUUUUCUGGAAAAUGUACAUUGGUGUUUCCAAUGGGAAACCCAGAGAUGUGACAGGGGCUGUAAAGUGACUCCUUUAGGAGGCUGACACAAAUGUAUUUAUUUAUUUUUGUCCUUUUUUUUUAAUGAAAUUGUAACAUUGGUGGAAAUUUCUUUGGAAUCGGUUACACUGAGGGACAUAAGAUGAAGAGUAGUGUUUGUGUAUUUGUUUCACUGGCCAUCUGCAUAAAGCCUAUUGGCUAACUAACAAUUACAUAAUUAUAUUGGAAUGCUGGGCUUUGGUCUGUAACUAUACUACUUCUCUGAUAAAUGGAGUGAGCUCAUCCUGUGCAAUUGACAUCUGGAAUUGUUGCACUUCUGUGAAAUAUGAUAGAACGCAAAUCACUUUUUAUUUAAUUUCUACUGACACUGUAUAAUUGGACAUUUUCAAAAAGCCUUGCAUUAAAAAAUGGCCAUCAAGUUUAAAUCAGCAAGCAUACUGGAGAGACAGUGUAACUGGAUACAGACAUGCCUCUUGCACCUCGCUAAACAGGGCAGGAAAGGUCAGAAGGUAGGAAACAGUUGAAUAUAGGGAGUACAUUA